UAAAGAGUUGAGCCACUACUAUACCUCUACAGUUCUAAUACUAUAACACACAUUAUUAUUCCACGCUGCAACUCUUUGUUUAGUGGUUCCCUUGAUGCUUGACACCAGAGCUUACUUUCAAUCAUUUUAGGCACUUGUGGGCUUGAAAAGUAUAUAUGAUAAAAGAGAUGGGUUUUCAGUGAGCUCUCUCUCAGAUUACCACUUCUUGGUGGUGAGUGUCCUUUUUCUUAAAUUUGUUGGUCCUUAGCUGUGUUGGGUUUUUAAGAUUCCCUUUGUUGAGAUAAAAGACCCAUUUUGUGCUGAUUUCUGAGGGUUCUUUUGUGGGAUUUUUUGCCGGGGGAGUGAAUCUGCAGUGUGUCUCUUGAUAAAUGCUUUUUGUGCUUUGUUUUGAUAGUAAAUGUGUCUCUGCAAAGACAAGUUUUUUCAAACCCAUCUUUGUCCUUUCCCUUUGAUACUACUGUGUGUCUUCUAUUCCACUACCUUUAAAUUUUAAAUUUAUUUGUGCUCUCUGUUAGAGUGAAAUUUCAAUUCAGUUUAUUUUGAAACUGAGGUGGGUGGUUUUCAUACAAAACUUCAUCCAGUUUUUCGUACUAUUUUGUGUCAAAGGCAGUUGCUUUGUGUGUAGGAAGUCAUAUAUGAGUAUGGGGUUCCUAGGAUCAACUUCAGAAAGACAGCUUUUCGGUUUUCCUAGUUAUGUGUUUAUAGGGUACCAAUGAUUUGUUGAAGAAGAAGGCUAGUUUUUUGUUUUCUCAGGAUUUUAUUUUCUUCUAAAAAGGUUUGAGUAAUUCUAAUAAUUCUUAAGGUGUCCAAAGUUGAUUGUAAAUGCCACAUCUUGAGUGAAAUUUGCUGUAGAAUCUUGUUAAAUAUGGCUGAAAUUAGACUUACAAGGGUAGAACAAGGCCACACCAAGAUUAGAAAUGUUCCAAUUGCAGUGACCCCUGAAGGUUUUUGGUGUUGUCCUUCUCCUGUUGUGUUUCAAAAGACCCUCAAAACUCAAAACCCUCUGAAUAAACCAAAACCUUCCUCACCACCACCACCACCACCCAAGACCACCGUCCAUAAGAAACAGACCCCAGUGACUGAAAGAAAGCCAACACUCACCCCAUCAAGAUCAGGAAUUAUUUCUGAUGAUCAGCGAAAUUUUAUCACUGAUACACCUGGAUUCAGUGCACCUGUGGCUGCUGAGAGAGCACCAAGACCCAAAAUUGAAAAUUUGCCAAGGAAGGUGGCAAUUGAGUUUGGUGAGCCUGGAACCAGUGAUAUGAGGGUGCUUUUACUUGGAAAGCAGGGAUUUUGUGUGAAGUUGAGUGUUCACAAGAAUGUUCUAGUUGAGAAUAGCCGUUAUUUCGCUGAUAAGCUUUCUGAACAACAGUCUAGUCUGUCCUCUCUGGAAAUUGAUGAUUGUGAGGAUGUUGAGAUAUAUGUUGAAACUGUGGGACUAAUGUAUUGCAAAGAAAUGAAGCAAAGGCUGAUCAAGCAAAGUGUUUCGCGUGUACUUCGCAUUCUUAAGGUUGCGGAACUACUUGGCUUCAACUCUUGUAUGCAGUCAUGUUUAGAAUACUUGGAAGCAGUCCCUUGGGUUGGUGAAGAAGAGGAAGAAAAGGUGGUGUCGUCAGUCCUAAGACUCCAGAAUGAGGGUCUUGGUGUCACCCCAGUAUUGAAACGAGUCUCUUCUGACAUCUCCAAAUCCCCUAAAGACACACUUCCGCAAAUAAUUGACCUUGUUCUGAAAAGCAACGAGGAGCGAGGUCGACGGGAAAUGAAAUCUGUAGUGCUGAAGCUCCUUAGGGAGAACAAUAGUCUCCCAAGCUAUGCUGGGUCAGCUGAUAUCUGCAAUGAAACACUUUACAACUCAUGUAAAAGCUGCUUGGAUUCACUUUUAUCUUUGUUUAGGCUAGCCGCUGAACCAGGGUUUGGUGAUAAAUCUAUGAAUAGCAAAGACCCUGUGGUGAAACAAAUAGCUCUAGAGUCUGAUAACCUCUCAUGGUUGGUUGAGAUUUUAGUCGACAGGCAAGCAGCAGAUGAGUUUGCACUAGUGUGGGCUGGCCAGCAAGAGUUAGCUACACUACAUUCCAAGCUGCCAAUAGUCUCUCGUUAUCAUGUUAGCUGCAUCACGGCAAGGCUAUUUGUUGGCAUUGGAAGAGGCGAGCUCCUGCCGUCAAAGGACACCCGCCAACUGCUAUUACAAACUUGGUUAGAGCCAUUGAUUAAUGAUUACAGCUGGUUACAACAUGGGUGCAGGUCAUUUGAUAGAAAGGUUGUGGAGGAAGGAAUUGGUAGGACAAUCCUCACCCUGCCUCUAGAGGAGCAGCAGAGUAUUUUACUUUCCUGGUUGGGCAGUUUUUUGAAGGCUGGUGAUAACUGCCCAAAUCUUCAGAGAGCCUUUGAGGUCUGGUGGAGGAGGACAUUCAUUAGGCCUUAUUCCGAAACUCAAGGUAAUCUUUUCCAGUCAGAUAGCUCAAUGACACCACAUUCAUAGACCUAAAGAAGUACCCACAUGAGUUGUAUACUUGAUUAUACAGGGAUUAUCUUUCAUAAUCUUCUGUUAAGUCCAACUUAAAGUUUAUAAGAACUUGAGAGUGAUGAUUGGAACAUCUACUUAGCAAUGGCAGGUGGAGAUCCUUUUGGAGUUAAACUGGCGACAUGACUUGGGUUUACUGUGCUUCAUGCCAAAUCUUUUUGCUUAAUGCAAUGUGGAUUGAAUGAAUUCCCUUUGGAUUGAUAGAUGUGGGUUGAUUGCUUGAUCUAGUAAUUUCUGCAAAGUAAUGUAAUUGGAAGCCGUUGCUUCAUGUGAGUUUCCUUAUCUGAGUGGAUACGAUUGAGUAAUGUGUUUCUUUUAACCUCAAUUCAUAUGUCCAUCAGAGUUGAUAUCAUAUGAUUUACCAGUUGUGAAUUUAGAAAUUAAAUUUAUCCAAACUAUGGAUGAGGACAUGACCAGUACACUAUGUUUGUGUUUGCUUGACUGGUGCUUCUUUACUAGUAAUUUUUGUGUAGGUACACUAUUAUUGCUAAAAAAUUCUAAUUUGGUCUU